UCAAAAAGAAGCCUCACCUUUGGAAACACCCUGUAUUUAUUAGUCAACAUAACGAGUUGAACAAGCGAGUGCAUAAACAAGUUUGGCAUCUCGCACAUUUUCAACCCCUCCUGAGGUCCCAAGCAGUUUUAAAAAAUCAAAGCCGUCCGGCUACGCUCAAAAUCAUAACUCAUAACCAAAUUAAAGAGCAGCUGAAACUGAAACAAAUUCUAGAAAGAUGUUCCUCAUGUUCCGCCCCCAUCCAGGUGUAUACGGGUAGAAUACCUAAUGAAAUAAUGUAAGCGAUAGCCGAAUGAUUAGCGAUAAUUUGUUAAAAAGCUGCACUCUAUCCUCAAGUCCACAAAUGUCUAGACCCUAGGGUUGAUCUGUGCAGUUUGUCCAAGAGACCACGCGUGUACGCUUUGGACAGAAGUUCUGAUAGUGAAAAGAAAAAACGUACAAUGGGAAUGACGUCUUACCAGUGCAAUUUGACACCGUCUCACAGUAAUCAUUUAACAUCCAUAGAAAAGAAAUACGAUACUUUCGCAGACGACUUGAGUGGCGCGGAGAAUUUCAGUUGUUGUGGAACGUGGGCUCAGAUUACAGCACCAGCACAGGCAGAUGCACCCACGACGUCUGUCCUAGACAUUGAAUACGAAGAUGAUAUGCAAUAUGAUGCCUUGUCCAGCAUACCACCGAAUGAAAAAAAAUUCAAACAAUCCGAGAGGUACUUCAGCCACUCCCUUGAUGGGCAUAAAGCGCCGCAGUUAGUGGCCAAAAGGAAUUUGAGAGAGAGAAAUAGGGUGCAAGCUGUGAAUGGCGCUUUCAAUCGACUGAGAAAAGCCGUACCUUUUCAGCACGCAAGAGGAAAACGCAUAAGCAAGGUGAAGACUCUGCAAAAUGCUAUCAAUUACAUAAGGGGGCUUGAACAACUCCUCAAUAACGAAUUUAUGCAAACCAUUUCAAUUAGGAGAUACUUCAACCCGAAAGAAGACUCUAUAUGGUGGGAUUUGGAAUACUGAACUGGCUAAUCCCAUUUUACCAAUAUACCUUUUUCUCUAGUCAGCUUUCUCAAUAUGAUCCUAGUCAUUUUUUUUUCAUAUUUGGAUGUUCAUCGAAAUAUAUCUUAA